AUGGCGUCGUGUAUAAAGGUGGUGAACAGAUCGGCCUCGGCUGCUUUCGCGCCGGAGGGACCCUACAUGGCGGCGGGGACAAUGGCCGGGGCGGUGGAUCUGCAGUUCAGUUCCUCCGCAAAUCUCGACAUCUUUGAGCUUGACUUUGUGUCGGACGAUCGUCAGCUGAUUUUGGCUGGCACGGUCCCGAGCUCCGAGCGCUUCAAUCGGAUUUCCUGGGGAAAGGGUCCCGCCAACUCUGAGGAGUUUCCGCUUGGCCUCAUUGCUGGUGGCCUGGUAGAUGGCAACAUUGGCCUUUGGAAUCCCAACACUCUGAUCUGUUCUGAGACAAAAAAGGGUUCCGAGACAAGUGAAAGUGCUUUGGUUGGCCAACUUUCUAAACAUAGAGGGCCUGUUCGUGGAUUGGAGUUUAAUGUUCUUUCCCCAAACCUCCUUGCUUCUGGGGCUGAUGAAGGUGAAAUAUAUAUAUGGGAUGUCGCAAAACCAUCAGAACCAAGUCAUUUUCCUCCUCUCAAGGGUAAUGUAUCAGCUACUCAAGGUGAAAUUUCAUUUUUGUCCUGGAAUAGCAAGGUUCAGCAUAUACUGGCCUCCACUUCAUUUAAUGGAACAACCGUUGUGUGGGAUCUGAAGAAGCAAAAGCCAGUCAUAAGUUUCUCAGAUCCAAUUAAGAGGAGGUGCUCUGUCUUGCAGUGGAAUCCUGACGUUGUUACUCAGCUCAUUGUCGCUUCAGAUGAAGACAGUUCUCCUUCUCUUAAGCUCUGGGAUAUGCGGAAUGUCAUGUCUCCAGUGAAAGAGUUCGUAGGUCACACUAAAGGUGUGAUUGCUAUGUCAUGGUGCCCCAUAGACAGCUCCUACUUGCUUACUUGUGCCAAGGAUAACCGCACCAUUUGCUGGGACACUAUAUCUGGAGAGAUUGUUGCUGAAUUGCCUGCUGGAACCAACUGGAAUUUUGAUGUACACUGGUAUCCUAAGAUUCCAGGGGUCAUAUCAGCAUCGUCAUUUGAUGGGAAAAUUGGCAUUUAUAAUAUUGAGGGUUGUGAUCGAUACGGUGUUGGAGAGAGUGAUUUUGGUGCAGCACUUUUGAGGGCGCCAAAAUGGUACAAGCGAAAAGCAGGAGUCUCAUUUGGUUUUGGAGGCAAGCUUGUUUCGUUUCACUCAGCUGAGUCGCCAACUGGAUCAUCAGAGGUCUAUAUGCACAACUUAGUUACGGAACAUGGGUUGGCAAGUCGAUCUUCCGAAUUUGAGGCUGCAAUACAGAAAGGGGAGAGAUCAUCACUCAUGAAUUUGUGUGAAAAGAAAUCUCAAGAGUCUGAAUCUGAGGCUGAGAGAGAAACGUGGGGAUUCAUGAAGGUUAUGUUUACUGAUGAUGGAACUGCGAGGUCAAAACUGCUUUCCCAUCUUGGUUUCAAUGCAUCUGCUGAACAAAAUGACACUGAAUUGAAUGACAUCUCUGAGAAAAUAAAUAAUCUUGCUCAUGAUGAAAAUUCUACAAAUAAAGGACUUUCUGGGAACAAAGAACCAACCAUAUUUGCUGACAAUGGUGAAGAUUUCUUUAACAAUCUUCCCAGCCCCAAGGCAGAUACACCUUUGUCAACUUCUCGAAAUGAAUUCGUCACCGACGAAUUUGUUCCUGGUGUAAAAGAGUCCGAACCAGAAUUUGAUGGGCAGGAAGAGAAUUCUGAACCUUCAUUUGAUGAUGCUGUUCAACGUGCUUUGGUUGUCGGGGACUAUAAGGGGGCAGUUGCACAAUGCAUUACUGCAAAUAGAAUGGCCGAUGCUUUAGUUAUUGCUCAUGUUGGUGGUGUUCCCUUAUGGGAGCGCACACGUGAUCAAUACCUCAAAACAAGUCGUUCUCCCUAUCUGAAGGUUGUUUCUGCAAUGGUUAACAAUGAUCUGAUGAGCUUAGUAAAUACUAGGCAUCUGAAAUCAUGGAAGGAAACACUUGCUCUCCUCUGCACAUUUGCCCAGCAAGAAGAAUGGAAUCUGUUAUGUGACACACUUGCUUCUAGACUCAUGGCUGCUGGUAAUACACUUGCUGCUACGCUUUGUUAUAUAUGUGCUGGAAAUAUUGACAGAACAGUGGAAAUAUGGUCAAAGAGUCUUUCAACCGAACAUGAUGGGAAAUCAUAUGUGGACCUUCUUCAGGAUUUAAUGGAAAAGACAAUUGUCUUCGCUUUGGCAACUGGGCAGAAGAGAUUCAGUGCUUCUUUGUGCAAACUAGUUGAGAAAUAUGCUGAAAUAUUAGCAAGUCAAGGGCUUUUAACUACAGCAAUGGAGUACUUGAAGCUUUUUGGGACUGAAGAAUUGUCUCCUGAACUUGCAAUCUUGCGAGAUCGUAUUGCUCUCUCCACUGAAUCUGACAAAGAGGUUGAGAAGCCUGUGGCUUAUGAGAACUCUCAGUCGCAAACAGGGCUUGCAUAUAAUACUGUUGAUCAAUUGAGUUAUGGCGUUGCUGAUACCUCUCAACUUUAUUAUCAGGAAACAGCACCAUCUCCAAUGCAGCCAAGUGUUCCAAACAGUCCCUAUGGUGAAAAUUAUCAGCAGUCAUUUGCUCCUACAAUUGGGAGGGGAUACAGUGCUCCUUUCCCAUAUCAACCUUCUCCACAAAAUAUACAACAGCCCAGCAUGUUUGUUCCAACCCAGACGCCUGAAGUCCCCACAGGAAAUUUUCCUCCACCGCCUGCUGCUACUCAGCCUGCUUUGAAACCAUUUGUUCCUACAAAUCCCCCUCCAUUAAGAAAUUUUGAGCAAUAUCAACAGCCAACAACAUUGGGUUCACAAUUAUAUCCUGGGGGUGUUAAUCCUAGUUAUCAAGCUGGACCACCUGGUGUGGCUGCAUAUGGUGCUAACACAUCUCAGGCUGUGCCAACUCCAGGACAAAAGAUGCCCCAGGUUGUGGCUCCUCCCUCAUCUAGAGGAUUCAUGCCAGUUACUAAUUCAGGGGUUCAAGGACUUGGGAUGAAUCCAGUACAACCACCUAGUCCUACUCAAUCUGUUCCAGUACAACAACCUGUAGCUCCUGCUGCUCCCCCGCCCACAGUUCAGACAGUUGAUACUUCAAAUGUACCUGCACAGCAGAAGCCUGUUAUUGCAACUUUAACAAGACUUUUCAAUGAGACAUCUGAAGCAUUGGGAGGAUCACGAGCUAAUCCAGCUAAGAAAAGGGAAAUUGAGGACAACUCGAAGAAGUUAGGUGCCUUGUUUGCGAAACUCAACAGUGGAGACAUUUCUAAAAAUGCUGCUGAAAGGCUUGUACAACUCUGUCAGGCUUUGGACAAUGGUGAUUUUAGUACUGCCCUUCAGAUCCAGGUACUUCUCACUACUAGCGAUUGGGAUGAAUGCAGCUUCUGGCUCGCAACUCUCAAACGAAUGAUCAAGACAAGGCAGAACUUGAGAUAA